AUGCAAGAUCCACAACUUGGCAAUCCCGGAUUUUUGCUGGCGACUUUGAACGAACAAGCUGCUACGAUUUGGCCUUGGCCGAAAAUUGGACGUGACGAUUUCGCCGAACAUAAAUGCGCUCUCCUCCUUGCUAUCGGAUUCAAACUUUCAUCAGUAACACCUCCUUAUGCAAAAAUUGCUGAAAUUCUCGAAAGCAAAGAGGUUAAACAAUCACUUGGUCACGAGCGUCAACUGCGACCACCUUCACUUCACCAAGUUCACAUGGUUGGGUCAUACAUUGAAAACUGCCUGUAUCGAACCGCUGUCGACCGAGCUGCCAAUCGAAUUGUACAGAAAAACUCACAGAAAAACUAUCCCCGACUACAAACCGAGUAUCGUCGUAUUGCAACUGCGAUGAUGUUCGGUUUUUGCCCAAAAACAGAAGAAGAACGCGUCGAAAAUGUCUUACGAAUGGCCAAUUAUUAUUUGCCGGCUAGUCUUUACGAAGAAAUGGGCCACGAGAACGUGCUCGGUAUCUUCAGCCAUCCUAGCCCAUAUGAUACGAAAAUCGACACUGAAGAGGUUCACAACAAUGCAGAUUUGUCAUACGCUCUUAAAACCAUCGAGGCGUCACUUCCAUCCGUCUUCAAGAAGAAUUCCAACCACUUCUCAUCUCAGGAAGCGAUUUUGUUGUUUCUUGAAGGAAACGCGCUCGUUCCUUUCACGGAAAAAAUUGCGGUCGCGUACAUGUUUGGAAGCAAUAGAAUAGAUGCCGACAAUUGCCGAUGGCAGUGCUGGUUUUCUUAUCCUUGGGAAGACCUUAAGCGAUUGAAGACUCCUCAAGGCCGAUACGCAAAGGAGCUCAUUCGCCAGACGAUUGAAAAGAAGAAAAAAAUCACUGCGAAGGAAACGGAAGAAGCUAUUGAAAAAGCUCAGCAAGAUGGUCAAACUCAAAUCGAAGCGUUGAAGAAGGCUUACGUCCGAUUCCACCGAGAGUUUUUGGACGGCGACGAAGCUUAUAAAAUCUACGAUCAUAACGCCUUGCACAUGGCAGACAAUCACGACGACGAGGACAACGAUGACGACGCCAACGACGACACCGACGAUGACGCAAAGAAUGACGACACAAGCGAAGCCAGCGAUCUGACUGAAAAUGAAUCCGACUGA